AUGGCUCGGCUCCCUGUUGGCAUUCACUUCCUCAUCUCAUUCUCCAGGGACCAGUGGUACAGAGCCUUCACCUUUUUUUUGACGUUUUUGCUGUAUGCAAGUUUUCACUUAUCUAGAAAGCCUAUCAGCAUAGUUAAGGGUGAGCUCCACAAGGACUGUACUGCUGUGACUGAGGGUGAAGUCCAGUUCAACAGCCCAAGCAAACAAACUGGUUACCUACCCCCUCAGCAACCACCCAAUAAUGGGACCGACUGUGGCUGGGCACCAUUUGAUAAGGAUAACUAUCAGCAGCUGCUUGGGGCCUUGGAUUACUCUUUCCUGUGUGCUUAUGCAGUCGGCAUGUACCUGAGUGGCAUAAUAGGGGAACGCCUGCCAAUUAGGUAUUAUCUGACCUUUGGGAUGUUCGCCAGUGGAGCCUUCACUGCCUUGUUUGGGUUGGGAUAUUUCUACGAUAUUCACAGUUUUGGAUUCUACGUAGUCACUCAGAUCAUCAAUGGCCUGGUGCAGACCACUGGCUGGCCCAGUGUGGUCACCUGCCUCGGCAAUUGGUUUGGCAAAGGAAGGCGAGGUUUGAUUAUGGGUGUCUGGAAUUCCCAUACCUCCGUGGGAAACAUUUUGGGGUCCUUGAUAGCUGGCUACUGGGUGUCCACGUGCUGGGGCCUAUCCUUCAUUGUGCCUGGGGCCAUCGUGGCGGCCAUGGGGAUAGUAUGCUUUCUCUUUCUCAUAGAACAUCCGAAAGACAUCAAGUGCACUUCCACGCUUACAACGCAUCCCAAAGGCUUCGAGAAUGGUACAAACAGAUUUAGACUCCAGAAGCAAAUCCUAAACAAUGAAAAGAAAAAGCCUCUGGACCCGGAGGCUCAGUGCUUGCUGCUGGCAGAUGGGAGCGGCUCCAUCCAUCCCAACCACUUCAUCAUCCUCCCUGCCGAAGGCGGGAAUGCUAUGGCUGCCAUCAGCUUCACAGGGGCCUUGAGAAUACCAGGUGUAAUAGAGUUCUCUCUGUGUUUGUUGUUUGCCAAGUUGGUCAGCUACACUUUCCUGUUUUGGCUUCCAUUAUACAUCACAAAUGUGGAUCACCUUGAUGCCCAGAAAGCGGGGGAGCUCUCCACCUUGUUUGAUGUUGGCGGAAUCUUCGGUGGGAUCCUGGCAGGCCUAGUCUCAGACCGCCUGGGGAAGAGGGCCUCCACCUGUGGCCUGAUGCUGUUGCUUGCUGCCCCAACGCUCUACAUAUUCUCCACCAUCAGUAAAAUGGGUCUAGAAGCCACUAUAGCAAUGCUGCUACUCAGCGGGGUCCUAGUCAGUGGACCAUAUGCACUGAUUACUACUGCUGUCUCCGCUGACUUGGGUACACAUAAAAGUCUGAAAGGAAAUGCCCAUGCCCUCGCUACCGUGACGGCCAUCAUCGAUGGAACUGGAUCUGUAGGGGCGGCCUUGGGCCCUUUGCUGGCUGGGCUCAUCUCCCCCUCUGGAUGGAACAAUGUCUUUUACAUGUUGAUGUUUGCAGAUGCCUGUGCCUUAUUGUGCCUGGUCCGCCUCAUCCACAAGGAGCUGGGCUGCACAGGGACACCAACGGGGGACCAAGUUCCGUAA